ACACUCGUGCCAAGGUCUCUAGGCGCGACUUUGAAAUUCUUCCUAUUCAUAGUGACACCCCUGGAAAAGUUUCACUGAUCUUUCAAGUUUUACCACCCAACAGGACUGGUAGUUACAGUUUGCAUGUGCACAAAUACGAGCAUGUACUUGAAGUAGCGGACAUGGCCGCUGGUGUAACUUCUCCGCGGUCUGUAGCCUCAACGUUUAGGAAAAUGGGACCUUGCUUCGUGACGUUGUAUGGUAUCAAAUCAUACAGCGCAAACGACGUGUUCCGAUGCAGAGUAGUCGAGCCAACAUCACCUUCACUGGUAACCGUAGAAAUUUCCAAUGUAGCUGGUGAUGUAAUUGCUUCUAGUCAUUCCAUGUUUCAAACCGAAUUGCCAACAAAGAAACAGGUUGCCAAACGUCUAAAAGGAUUUCCCUACACUAAGACGUAUUAUGACCUCAAACUUUUGAUACGCGGUCGUAAUGACUGGGCUAUAUGUUAUGGUCGUGUUUCGGGAAACUCCAAGGUCAAGUUGUGGCUUUACCUUCUCAAGACUCGAAAACGAGUAGAGAUCGAACAACCUUCGAAAACGUCGUAUAAAAUCAAGCUGUAUAACGUCAAGGACUACAUAGAAGUAGAUACGUCGUCGAGGGAUAUAACUAUCCCGAGAGAUGUGGAUGACGUACCAGAAAUUUUAGCUUUGUGUUUCUCGCUUCGAACUCUCAUACAAUUCAAGUGUGAGGAGGAAGUUUCAUAUGUUAUUGAGGCUUCUCGUCAGCGAAGACUUUCAAAAUAUUCAACUAUCGGGAGAUGAUUGUUUAAUUUGUUUCUGUUUCAUUCCUUUCCAGUCUACUCGUGAACACAAUUCAUUUGAUUGUAUGAAAGUUUACUUAUGUACCCAUGUUACAUGUGAAAAUUAAGUUAAUGUUAAAAUUCAAUUAUAAUCAUGAUACUACGGGCAAUAUAAUAAGAUAGGCUUUUCAGUCGCUAAAAAUAAAAUACUAUUACAAAACUCAAAUAAUUUUAAAGUAUGAGUCAGUUGACAAAAACUGACUCACAUAACCGACGUCUUUCAUGACUCAAACGACGAUCAGCAACAACAUUUUCGCCAGUGAAAGAGAGCUAAGGAGAGGAGAAAGACAAUUGUCCGAGCUCUCAAGUUUCUAUCAUGGCUUCUUUGUUCAAUUGUUCUGUCCUUUCCCUUUUCUAGCUAUCAAAAGAGCUAUUUUUACUCAGCCUAGCUCUGUCUUUUUCCGGAGAAAUCUUAUUUCUUAUUAAUGAAUGCGGUAUGGCAAUCUGUAUGUUACUAAAUCUCGCUUGGAUUUGAAUUCUGUUGUCGGGAGAUGGGUCAUGGAUCACACUGUCUUUGCAAUGACAAAACAACACACAUAGUCUGUACACCUCGAGGACGAAAAAUAGUCCAUUCUUGACAGUAAGAAAAACUAUCAUGUAACCAAAUGUCUUAUAAUAAGAUACAAUAAACAAUCUCAUGGUAAGAUAAGGCGCAUCCUGCAGUACUAAGCCGACCAUGAUGCUAGCGAAUUCACCGAAAGCAGGUUUGACGUUUUCGUCCGUGUCAAACUCUCUUUCGUAAAUGUUCAAAGACAUUCGUUUUACGAUGUAAGAUGGGAGUGAAGACAAACGGGCAAACGUCGGUUCCCGUUUUGGUUUUGGCUCUUCACCAGAGAUAAGCUUAUCGAAAGCAACCGUAGUAUUUAACGGAAACUGUAGUAGACUCCAGGACCAAAGGCUGAGGACGAUGGUGAUCAUCAUUCGAUCAUAGCUUACGUCACUGAUAUUGAUGAUAUCAAAGAAUUCGAUGAUAUCUGCUGCAGACGCCAUAUUGAUCAGUAACAACUGGGAAAGUUCAUCCCGGGUUAGUUUUCCCUUGGGCAUCAACCAUCGACCGAAGAUCAUCACCAACAAGAUGGUUUGUUCCAUCACAUCAGUGAUAUUCUCGUACCAGAUCUCAUCUGAACGAACUGUGGUGCCCUGGAAGGAAAAACAAGUAAACUGAAUUUUCAGCCAUUGUAUUCAUGGGCUACACCACUUCUUUACUAUAUGCGAUUACAUGAAGUAAAUUGUCACGACUGUCCUGGUUGCAAAAUGAAUUUGAUGAAAGGAUAUUAAAAUGUUUUCAAUUUUAA